UGGGUUAUAGCGGACGAUCCGGAUGCUGCUAGUGUAUUGACGUGGCUUGGCGACAGUAAAAAUAAGUUCGACAUCAUCAAUGAUUUCUCUGGCAGCAGCGAAGAAACACGAACUGCGCAUAUUGUUGAAGAUGUCAAUCGUAAUGACGACCACACUUAUAAUGUUAUUAGCAACGUAAGGUCAACACAGUAUCAGCAUAUAGGUUAUAUUAAAGUUGAGUAUAAUGACACUCUGGUGGAAGUAAAUCGUUUUUCUGAUUUGUGA